CUAGUCAACAAGGUGCAUGAUGAACAGGGCAUUGAAAAGGUCAUCAUCCCCAUGGCGAUGCCGCUGAGUCCGCCGGCGCUGGUUGACGACGCCAUGCGCGCGGUCUUCAUGCGCCUGCCGGCGGACGACCCCAGGAGCCUCAUCCGCGCCGCCGCCGUCUGCAGGGGCUGGCGCGCCAUCCUCUCCGACCCCGUCUUCGCCCGCGGCUACCGCGCUCUCCACGGGGCGCCGCCCAUGCUGGGCUUCCUCCACAACGAAUACCGCAGGGGCAACCGCUUUGUCUCCACCUCGACCUUCCGCCGGUCGGCAUCCCAUGACCACCGGGGCUGCCACGUUCUUGAUUCCCGGCACGGCCUUGUUGAAAUAGUUGGUUAG